UACUUCCAUAGUUCCAUUAUCAUCUACACUAGAAGUUUUCAUCCUUUACUCCCACAACAUACCUUACAAUGGAAAACACUAUAAAUAAAACCUCUCUCUUCUUUCUUAUUUGUCUGCAAUACCUCUUUUCUCCAACUCUCUCUCAAUUUUCCCUUCCAUGCAACGACGAAGACAAGCAAAUCCUCCUACAAGUAAAAAAAGAAUUCCGAAACCCCUCACUUUUCUCCACAUGGAACGCCAACACCGAUUGUUGCAACUCUUGGCGCUUCGUCAGUUGCAACAAUGAUUUGCGGCUAGGCCGGGUUUCUAGCCUGUCCUUCGACAACGUGAAUGAAAUCACCGGUCAAAUCCCUCCGACAAUCGGAAACUUGACGUAUCUGAAGGUCCUUCGGUUCUCAAGGCUGCCCAACUUAAUAGGACCUAUUCCGGAAACCAUCACUAGGCUACCCGAUCUUGAAGUUUUUACGAUUACACAAAACAAAAAACUUAGUGGCUCCAUGCCUAAUUUCUCAGAUCAGAUGAAAAGCGUUGGGACAAUUGAGCUCUACUCUAACAGCUUUACUGGUACUAUCCCUUCAUCUUUGUCCCUCGUACCAAACCUCUUUAGAUUGGAUCUCUCAAGCAACAAGCUAACUGGUUCAAUCCCGGUGAGCUUUGGCUCAUUCAAGCGCAAUGUGGAUCUCAAACUAAUGAACAACAAGUUAUCAGGGACGAUCCCGAGAUCUUUAGCUCAGGCAGAUUUAUUAGGACUCGACGUGUCCGGUAACCAGUUCACCGGAGAUGUAUCGUUUAUCCUAGGCGGAACUAGACUUAACGAUUUCAUUAUAAGGCAAAAUCACUUCAAGUUUGAUUUCACCAAUGUUAGGCUUUCCCAAAACCUAGGGAUUAUUGACAUUGCUCACAACGAGAUAUAUGGAUCCAUUCCCAAGGAAAUCGGGCAGCUUCCAGUUUUGCAAACCAUUGAUUUCAGCUACAACCAGCUUUGUGGCCCGAUCCCCUCGAGUUUGAAGCAGUUCAAUUCUUCCGCGUUCGCCCACAACAAGUGCCUUUGCGGUGCUCCUUUACCCCCGUGCAAGUAAUAUUUAUGUUUAUUGCUCCUUUGUUUCUGGUUCCGUGUUAUGAAGAAUGUUUGAUCUUAGCUUUUGCUUAAUUUAAUUUGGACAAGAAGCAAUAAGCUUACACCAUGAAGCAACUUGUAAGCUAGAAGUUAUUUUAUCAGCAUAUAUGUGAGUGAAUUGAUACUGUGCUAUAAUGCUAUUUUAUUAACUUUUACGUGAGUAGAAUGCUUAGCAAUUUGUAUCAACAAACAAAAAUAAGUUCAUAAUUUUUGUUUUUUA